AUGGAUUUCCCUUCCACUCCCAACCAGAAUGAUGAUGACACCCUCUAUACUCCCCUCCAUCCUAAUGAAAUCCGCCUGUUAAAGUUGCUACCUGGGCCUUGGGGUAUGCCUAUAUGUUGCGAACUUUCCCAUGUACCUCUUUCGAACAAGCCAGCGUACAAGGCACUAUCCUAUGCUUGGGGAUCUCGAAGACUUGUGGAGCCCGUCUUUCUUAACGAAACUCCACGACUAGUCACGAAAAAUCUAUACACUGCACUUUCGAGGCUCCGAUCUGAAAAUGAACCGGUCACGAUAUGGGUGGAUGCUCUUUGCAUCGAUCAAGCGAAUAUCGAUGAACGAGCAACUCAGGUUGCUAUGAUGCGAAGCAUCUUUGCAAAAACCGACGAAGUCAUUGUGCACCUGGAUAUUCCAAAUCAGCAUCUCAGAAAUCAUCGCCGAUUGAGCCGAACUCCGCGGCCGGAAUCAUUCUUCCGUAUGAGUGAUUCUGAUGAUGCCCUUCUUGAGAAGUUUAUGGGGCGUUUCAAAGUAUCCGGGGAUGGCUGCUUGCGGAGUCAACGUAGUCAGGUCGAUGUCGGUACACAGGUGUUUUGUCUAAUACGGCUCGUAGCCUCGGGGCGCCUCCAUGAACUUAUUUCUGCCGUUGCAGAUCAUCCUGAUGGCUCUCUUCCUUCCAUGUUAUCCGAUUUGUUUGAAAACCUCCGCUACAUGUUGCGUUGCAGAUGGUGGAACAGAGUAUGGAUCAUUCAAGAGGUGGUCGUCCCAGAACGAGUAAUGGUGUUCUAUGGAGGAGCCAUCGCCCCAUGGGAUAUGUUGGUCAGUGCAGCUAAGGCCUGGCUGCCGGACGAUUCGCGGAAUUCUGAUCCGCCAUCCAUCCCAAGGGAAUAUUCACUGGUUCUUGACUACUUUGCCAAGCAAAUACUGGGAAUUGAGAAAAUGCGAAGGCAGUGGAGAUUCACCAACCAAACGACUCUUCUGCGGCUCUUGCGCCAAUUUUCCGAUCGAGAAGCAUCUGAUGACCGAGAUAAAGUCUAUGCGCUACUUGGACUAGUCACCCAAUCCUUGAGUCUCCCUAACGGGCAUAUUCUACUUCCAGACUACUCGUUGGACAUAAAAUCGGUUUUCAUUAAUGCAAGCCUAUCUAUUGUUCGGACAACCAGGUCACUAUCAGUCAUCGUCGUCGACAGUGCCCGCAAAUAUCGUCAAGAUUUGCCAUCAUGGGCUGCUGAUUGGACUGCCCCUGCGGAUGACGCAGAACGAAAGCGAGCGGAAAAAAUAGAACGAUAUGACGCA